GUCGGACUUUAUGUCGCUUGGGCCGUCGAGCUUCCUGUCGAGCGGGUUUGAUCUGGAUCCGCCGCAGAUCGAGAUCACGCUGGACGAUAUCUUCUCGGCCAACAACGCAGCGGACUGGUCGCAGUUUGGGAUUUUCCUGCACAACACACACCGGCCCAAGUCGCUGCGGUCAAAUGCGCAGCGCAAGGAUGGCGAGGAGGAGGAUGUGCCCAAGACCGAAUGCACAAACUGCAAGACCACGACCACGCCACUGUGGCGCCGCGACGAGCAAGGGCAAUCCGCUUUGCACAAGGAAAGCCGCCCGAUAGCCCUCAAGACCGACCGCUUCGACGCAGCCACGGCUCCAGCCCCUCGCAAGCGGCAGGACCGCCGCAAGCAAAAGAAUGGCGAAAUGACCGGCCUGCUGGGCGUGCUGCCGCAGCUGCCUACCCAGCCCAGCAUUGCUGGCACGCCGAUGGCGCCCUCAUACACAGCUAAUGGCACUCAGCUGCUGAACAGCGCCGAUGUAAGCAGCUCUGGCGGCAGCUCCGGCAGCUACACGCAGCAGGUGCAGCCGCCGGUGACGCAGCCGGUGGACUUCCGGCGACACAGCACGGCGCUGCCGGAGUUGCCUAGCAUGGCCAGUACGUCGCGCCAACCAAUGGAUGUGCCGCACCGCGCGUCGCUCAGCAGCUACGAUGCAGCUGCCGUUGCUGCCUCGGCCGCCGUCGGCAGUCCUAUGGGCGGCGGGCGGGCGCUGGGCGGCUCGAUCAACAUCCCGAUGUCGCCGCAGCCCGUGGCUCGUGGCGAGUCGUCCCCCGGCGGCUCGCAUGCGCUGCCGCCGCUGGCAAAUGGUCUGCAGCAGGGGACGCGGUAUCCGGCGCAUGGGUUUGGCAGCAGCGAUGGCGUUCCCAUGCAUACGCCACUGUCGGCUGGCGGCAGGUAAGCAGCAUCUGGAUGCGGGGUCGCGGCAGCUGCCGUCGCUGUCCGAGCUGGCCAGAACAAGCACUGGCGAUGGUUCAUACCAGCAGCAGCACCAGCAGCAGCAACAGCAGCAACAACAGCAGCAGCGAUACAUUUCCCCCCACUCUGUAAAUUCAGGAGCCCCGCACCGACCCUAGCUUUCCAGAUCUUUAAGCCAUUUAGGCAUUUAAAAUAAAAUAGUUGUUCAGAA